AUUUACGAAAAGUGCUGCAAAAAAGGUUCCAAAAACUCUCUACCUGGAAGGAAGGACGUGCUUAUUCUGGCAACGUAGAUAAAUUAGCAAUUCUCCAAUUUAUUUCCCCAACCUUUCUUGUCUUGUCUCCAUCUCCACUCACUCUAGGUGAGCCCAGCUAGCUUUUCCAGAGCGCAUCACCAAUUCAUGAUCACAUAAUCUCCAUGAUCACUACUUUCUCUUCUCAAGAAAUUCAUUUAUUAUUGUAAGUUUGAAUCGUAGAAACACAAAAAGCUCCAGAAAUGGCUGGCGUGAACGAAGGGCAGGAAGGGAAACUCAGCCGUCGCUGCGAUUUCUGCUGCUCAGCCAUGGCGGUGCUGUACUGCAGACCCGAUUCGGCCAACCUCUGCCUUGCCUGCGACCGGGAGGUCCACUCGACCAACCCGCUCUUCGCGAAACACACCCGGUCCUUGCUCUGCGACGCGUGCGAUUCCUCCCCGGCCACCAUCUUCUGCUGCACCCACUCCUCCGUCUUCUGCCAGAACUGCGACUGGGAAUCCCACUCCCUCAGCCUCUCCCCCGCUCACGUCCGCCGCCCCCUCGAGGGCUUCACCGGCUGUCCUUCCGUCACUGAACUGCUUGCUGUUUUCGGGUUCCAAGAUGUUGGGAAAAAGGCCCUUCUCCACGAUGGGGAUGGCUAUGGUUGUGUCGGCGAUGACGGAAGUGGAGAUGAUGGGAUUUUGGAUUAUCUUGUUUGGGACACUCCGGCCGUUGUCAAUCUUGACGAUUUGAUAGUAGCUCCCAAUAAUUCUAACCCUAAUUUUCAGGCCAUGGGUGUUCCUCCUCUUCCCAAGAAUAGGAAUGCUGCUUGUGGACAACACAAAGAAGAAAUACUUUCUCAGCUUCGCAAAAUGUCUAAUCUGGAACCUGAUCUCUCUGCUGACCAAGAGGAACCUGAGCCUGGUGGAGGCUGUCAGAGUAUGGAAAAUGAACUCAACCGUCUGUUUGGAGAGACUGAUUCCAGAUUUGAACAGAACAUGGAGGCUCCAUUAAUGCCUUACUCAGAAGUAAAGUCAAGUGGCUUUAAUUGGUGUGAUGACGUUGACGAUUUCGCCCCAUUACAUGGAUUCAAUGAGAACAACUCGUCACUUCCCAAUAAAGAUUCAGGUGAAGCAAAUAAUCAUAACGAAGGGGAAUCAAACCAUUCUAGCUAUAUUGAAACCUUUCCUAAAUUUGUUCCUCGUGAGGUAAAUAUCCGGGAUAGGGAAAGUGCAAUUUCUCGGUACAAGGAAAAGAAGAAGACAAGGAAAUAUGAGAAGCAGAUAAGAUAUGAGUCUAGAAAAGCUCGGGCGGAGAGUAGGAUAAGAAUUAAAGGGCGUUUUGCCAAGAUGGGAUCUAGAGAUACUGGUGGUACACAACAAUGAUUGAUCUAUUCAAAGACUCUUAUCAGUCAAAGAAUUUAACUGCAAGUAGAGCAAAGGAGCUUGGCUAUAUAGCUCACUGAGAAUGUGAAUGCAAGCUAGAAGUACUCCAGGUCAUUAGAGCAUGUAUAUAUGUGUGACAUAACCUGGUGCUAAAACCAGAAAAUGAAUGUGUAUCAGUGUAUGAAGCAUUCAUUUUAUUUAUGUAAAAUUUUAGUGCUGGGGCCUGGGGGUUGUUGUGUGAAUGCAAGCUAUGCCGUUUAUUGUAGCUUCCAGGUAGAUUGCAACGAGUUUUGUUGUACAAAGCAUGUCAUUACUGUCGUUGGUGUUAAGCUUAUGCUUGGUCUUUUGUUAAGAAGAGAAUUUGUAUGGUUAAGAUUUAUUUACAAAGUGAAGAGGUUUUCAACCGGUGGGCCGUGGAGUAACAUCUAAUGAAGUCAAGUUAUUUUGAGCUUGUAAA